GGUAAUUAUUGUACUUUUUUUUACAAUUGAUUAAAUCAAUGCAUUGUUCCUAAUUAAACUCUCCCUUCUUAUACUAUUAACACAUCACUCAGUAUCAUUCCUUUCUUCCUUUUGUCUUAACUAUUCUGCCUCCUUAAAAGAUCAAACAUUGAUUUGAGCCAUUCAAAGUUUCAUAGUCCUUUCCUUUGUUUACACUUUUUAAGUCACAACAAACACCUACUUGAAUAAAAUGUCUGCUGGAACAUUUGCAACACCAGUUGCUGGGCCUGGCUUUGUGGGCUUGAAAUCCAACUCGUCAAAUCUUUGGCCCAAUAAUUAUUCCAUUGAAUGGAAAAAGAAGACUGUCUCCAAUGGUUCUAGAAUUCAAUGCAUGAAGACAUGGAAUCCCAUCAAUAAUAGGAAAUUUGAAACACUUUCCUACCUACCACCACUUUCUGAUGACUCCAUUGCAAAGGAGAUUGACUACAUGAUCAAGAAAGGAUGGACCCCUUGCCUUGAGUUUGAUGAGUUUGGGUGUAUUCAUAGAGCAAAUAGCCAGAUGCCAGGAUACUAUGAUGGAAGAUAUUGGACACUAUGGAAGCUACCAAUGUUUGGUUGUAAUGACUCUUCACAAGUGCUUAAUGAGAUUCAUGAAUGCAAACGAACAUAUCCAAAUGCAUACAUAAGAUGCUUAGCAUUUGACAACAAGAGACACAUGCAAUCCAUGGCUUUUAUUAUUCAUAAACCUAAUACCUCCACUAGUACUUAAACCCAUCUUGUUAUAAUAUUUUCUUUUCCAACCCAUCUUGUUGUUUCUCUUCCUUCAUAUUGUUCUAAAAUAGUACUUGUUUUGUGUAAUAUAUGAAUAAAAUGUACUGUUCCUUCUCAAUGCUAUGAGAAAAAUCAACGGUUCAUUAUCAA